AUGAAAUGUGCUAUUUGGCAACAUAAGAACUUAGUUAGAGUAUAUUUUUUUAUACAAUUAAAGAAGUAAUCCAACUAACUUUUCUAAUCUGGGUUAAUUUUUAUUGUGGAAUAUUUGAAUUUAAGUCUUUGGAUAAAUUUUUGA